AUGGCCGAUAAGAUCGCCAAGAAUGCCAUCAAAACUGCUCCGGAUGGACCGGAUGUCACCUUUGGACCUUUCUGUCGGUUGGCAGCCCGAGAGAUCUCCUCCCUGCUGCCAAUCUUCGCCAAGAACAAUGUCCGUCUCAUUGGCGUCGGUCUUGAGCCUUUGGGCGUGGACGAAUUCAUCCAAGGGAAAUUCUUUGGUGGCGAGCUCUUUAUUGACAUGGAGAAGAAGAGCUACAGUGCCUUGGGAUUCAAGCGAAUGAGCUUAUUGGGCCUUUUCCCCGCCGUAUUGGCCAAGAAGGCCAGGGAUUUUGCGGCAAGGGCCAAGAAGCUAAAUUUGGGUGGGAAUAUGAAAGGGGAUGGCUUUCAAAACGGAGGAGCCUUGGUGGUUGAGGUAGGAGGAACCCAGACUCUUCUCACUUAUGUACAACAGGACGCCCCUGAUCAUGUCAGCAACGCCGAGGUUCUGAAAGCUCUGGGAAUCGAGGACGAACCCGUGGCCUCUGCCGAAGAUGUUACCUCCACUGAGGCCUGGACAUAGAAACUUCAAGCCCUGAUACUCGAAUCAAAAUGAUUAUCAAAGUUCAGAAAGGGCACCGAUGGUAACAUGAAGAAAAACACGGAUUUAUGAUGUUGACUCUGGAAAUACCUUCAAAGGCAAAGGAAUCAACGGAUGCUCCAUCCCUUUUGUUUCAAGCUAUUAUCGAUCCUGCAUCUACUUUUCAAUUUCCAAUGCUUAAAUAUAUUAAUAUCCAUGCAAACCAA